GCUCAGUCACAGCAAACUACCCUCCCUCCCCAGUGUAGGAUCAAACUGUUCACAAGACAACUUUAUGCACCAUUUUUGAGCUCCAAUUGCCCAACAACGGCUCCCUCUCAUCUGAAGAAGGAUGUCCUGACCGUGGAGAGACUUUACUGAAGGUUUUCCAGAGUGAUUCCUGAUGAAGGGCUUAUGCCUGAAACAUGGAUUCUCCUGCUCCUCGGAUGCUGCCUGACCUGCUGUGCUUUUCCAGCACCAUACUUUCGCCACUGAUUCCUGGGAUGGCAGGACUGAUGUGUGAAAAGAAACUGGAUCGAUUUGUAUUCUGUUCACUGGAGUUUAAAAGAAAGUGGGGCACUCUCAUAAAAGAACUACAAAAUUCUACUGGAUGAGACAAGGAUAUACACUCGCUCACCAUGUCAGCGGAAGGGGCCCAGAUCGUGGCAAAGGUCAACAGCAGUAUCAACAUGCUCAGUGCAGCAGAGGAGGUGAAGUCUGACCUGGAGCUCAUCAUGAAGCCUUAUGCCAACUGGGAAGAGUUCCUGACACCGGGCCCACUCUCCAUCGCCAUCCUGGGUGAGCUGAUAUUCAUUUCCGCAGCCGAGGCGUUCCAAGUGAAGCUCACUGUGGCUGGGAAAACAUUCCGCUUCCUACGGCACCCGGAAUCCUUCCACGCCUGCCUCAUGCAGGUCAGCGACCAAGGUUGGAAAGCCUUCAACAAAGCUCACAGGAACAUGGACCAGAUCCGGCUCUACUCCAUGGCAGCUCCGAAGCACCUGGCCAGCGCUGUGCAGGUGUUGAGUCGCCGGGACCCCAAGGUGGUCAAGGCCAUGCUGCCCAGCCGACUCAACAGCAUCCGAAAGGUGGCAGAGCAGUGCCAGCAGCUGGCAGUGUCUGUCGAGGAGGAGUUCACCUCACUCAUCGAGCUGGUGCAGGAGCUGCUGGAAUUCUGUGCCAGCUCCCGAACAGAGCACCACGCCUCCCUGGAGCAGGUCAAGCAGACGCUGGCAGAGUCCCAGUUCCGCAAGGAGGCAGCUGAGAAGGAAAAGCAGAGGGUGGAGGUGCAGUUCAGUGAUGUGUGCGCCAGGAUGGAGGAGGCUCGGGCUGUCUACCGCAAGGCCAUGAAGAUGAUCCCGAGCGGGAAGAACCUGGUCGGGGUUUAUGUCACUCAGUCUCUGCUCGACUUGACAAACAGUCUGGCCACGGAGCUGGUGACAAUGGGCAUGACCGAGCCCCUGAGCCUGGCCCUUGAAAUCAGUGAGACAGCCGUGGGUCACAUCAAGAAGAAGGUGCAGAAAAAGAAGGCAACAGGCUCCACAGACGAGGACGAGGACGAGAGCUUGGGGCGAUCAGCGAGCAUCUACCUGAAGGGGAUGGAGAUGGUGAUGGCCAGCGCCCUCCUACACGACCUGGUCUCUGAGAAGGGGACCAUCGACCCCAGCCAGCUGCCCAGUGACAACUCACAGAACUGCAACUCCGUGGACUACAAGCUCAUGUUUCAGAGCAGCCUGAGCAAGAUUGAACAGGAAGAGGAUGGCAGAGCCAAGGCAGCGGCGGUGAAGCUCUGUGGGGACGGGCUCGCAAUCUGCGAGAAGCUGCAGGAAGUCGCUAAGAUAGAGAAGCCCAGUGAGCCCCAGUUGGAAAGCCUUGCCACAGCCAUCAAGGAGCAGAACACCAAUGUUCUCAAGUACCUUUCAGACAUCAAAAAAUCCACCAACGUCCCAGCCUUUGCACCUCAACCGCCAAAUCUCACUCAAGCUGCCAACCUGGAGAAGGCAGAAGAAGGUCUUUCUAAAAUGGUCCUGGAUCAAGCCUGCUUUAAGGUAGAACAAGCGAAAACCCAAUUGGAUUCCACCAGAGAGGAGUACGAGAAAAUGUCUGAGACCAAGGAGAAGGUGACUAAAGAUCUCGAUGAGACCCUGGUCACCAUGAUGAGGUGUCAAGUGAAGGAGAUAGAUUAUGACACAACCCUCAAGCUGCUGGUGAUUGGCCUGGAUGCAUUGAGCCAGGUCAAAGAGCAAUGGGCUAAGAUGAGCAACUUCUUCCAAAUGAUGUCUAAUCUGAUUCAGGUCUCUCUCAACGACACUGUCACACAGUUCACCAGUGACAGUGAGACUUAUGAGCCAUUCCCAGGAUAUUCCGAAGAUGCUUUCAUCAAGGACAUGAUCUACACAGAAGCCUUUCAGGCUUGCAACAUUGCCAAUCUCUGCCACAUGAUCUCGGGGACUUAUGUUGAGAUCUCUCAGAAGCAUCUAAGGGACCAAAUCUCUAGUUUAGAGACCAACAUCAAUAUGAGCCCUGACGAUCCAAUGUUUAAUGUGAAACGCAAACAACUGCAGGAAGGCUACACUGCCACAAAGGAAGCAGUCAACCAACUGGUCAUGAAGAACAAACGGGAAUUUGAGAUUCAAAUACAACAGAGGAUUGACAGCAUCAACUCCACAUUUAAAGAUGUCCUACCCCUUACAGAGAGACAAUAGGGCACAGUAUACAGAGCAAUCUGAAAGAAGAUCCUGAGGUUUCGCGACCAGACUGAAGGUUGCAGACAGCAUGUGAAUGUGCAGCUAUUGUAUGAAAAUAAUGCCUUAAAUUUUUCCUGAUCUCCAUUGCCAGAAAGGUUCUGCUGAAGUCUUAGUUCUGUUCAGAAUAUAUCCUGUGACCCAUUCACUCUCCCACUAGCUGACUGACCUGCAUUAGAGCAGGUCCAUGGUGGGGAUGUGUUGGUUGGGGGUCCUGACCAGGAGAGCUUUUUCCCAGGAUUCACCACUCUGGAUUGACCUGUCUCUGUCUCCCAGGAAGAAUCAGGGUUCCCUAUGCAGAGGAGGCCCCAGAUCCCAGCAUAUAUCCACAAUUCAAGUGAUUCUUUUCCUCUGUGUCUUCAGUUCCUGAUAGAAAAUCUCAGUAUUUACCUAAAUAGGAAGGCUCUCUCUUCGACAGUGCAUUCAGAGAUUCAGCCAAUCAUGCUCAGUCAGUGGGGCUGCCAAAUGCUCUGGACAACAAUUCUUCAAGUUCCCCUUAGGUGUGCACCAUCUUUCAUUCAUCUUCAUAUAUCAGAAUCAUAAACCUGCUGAAAAUGAAGGACAAACUUGCAUUUAUAUAGCGCUUAUCAUCACCAUAGUCGAUCCAUCCCAGAGUGCUUCCCAGUUGCUGUACUGUCUGCUGUUUGCAAAGGAAAAUCCGUAACUUAUUUGUACGCAGGCAGCUUGAUCACCUGUUCUGGCGAUGUUUAUUGAGGGAUAAAUGUUGGCCAGGAAAUUGGACAGUACUCCUUGUUCUCCUUCAUAACCACUCCAUGGGAUCCCCUCUGUUCAUCGGAGAGGCAGGGUAUCAACCAUCUGUCGGGGGUUGAGGACACACCUUCAUCACUCGCAAUGGUUCGUCACCAUCUUCUCCAGACUAACUGCUGCAGAGAAAGAAACGCCAGCAGCACCCACCUUUCAGACAGUGAAUGAAAUUGAAACAUUGAUCAUCUUGGAAGUCAGAUAGUAAACUCGGAGUGAGUAUUCUGGAGUUUCACAUUCCUUGGUCAGUUCCACUUGUGCUGCAGCUACAUGUGGGAACCAGAGCAAAAGUGCUCUCCAGAUGUGAAAGGAUUUAAAACUUUCCAAAGUGAUCUUCUAUUUCUCAGAGACGUUCAGAGUUGCUUUCGUUGCAGUGGCCAGUUCGAGAUUAACACACCCGCAUCUCCUGAAAUAGGUGACUGAGCGUAAAAUCCCCAAUGGAAACAAUUUAAAUUGAUGUAUGAUUCACCCUUGAUGGACAUAACUCCGUGUCCAGUGCAGUGUGAAUUUUGACGUUAAAAUCAGGAGCCUAUUGCUGAGCAUUGGGCUGGGGCUAGUAUCUUAUGAAUAUGGGGUAUUUGCAAAGUCCCACAACGUGAACAGCAAGCAGUGACAAUCUCACUGAGUCGGUGAUGGGACCUUACUUGAUUUUUCUGAUAGAAAAUCUCAGUAUUUACCUAAACAGGAAUUAAACACAUCCUAACGCUGACGGGGAAUGCUUACAGAUGGCUAAAUAUUGCACCAAUUUCACCAAUCCUCCUCCGAUGAGGCCCAUUGUGACCCCUAAGUUGUCGGCCAGGUUCGUUCAUCCUCAGGAAUUCUGGCCUGGUUUCAGUUUAGAUUGAAAGAGAUUAAAAAUACAUUUUCUGAGCGCCACUUCCUUUCCAAUUGAACCAUGGGGUCUUUGACAUUCACCUGAGUGGGCAGACAGGAACUUUAAAAAAACAAUUUCACAGGGAAAGCUACCACGGUACUGCUGUCAGCUCCAGCUGAGGAGAUGUGCAGUGAGGCAUGGAGGACAAGGAGGUAAACUGGGAAUGCAGAGGAGGGAUAAAUUAGGAAUGAGCACUGUCACCAUUUCACACUGGGACAAUAUCAAACUCAUUGAAGCUAAUAUUCACUGGGAACAGCUGUGGACUGGAAGUGGAGAACAGCAAUAUGUUACAAGGCUGCAAUAGGCUAUAUUUCAUGUAUUCUGACAAAAAUGCUAAAAGAUGUUUAAUAAAUAAUAAUGAAUAACUUAAUGACCAAAAAAAGACAA